GUCCACUUUUCACGCCGCGCUUCCCUCCCUCCGGCCGUCCUGCCAUGGCGCCCCCCACCGCCACCGCCUGCGCAUUCCUCUACCCCUCCCCUCUCCCUCCCGCAUCCCUGCGCGGCACGCCCCGCCUGACCGUCGGCCGGCGACUCCCGCGGCCCCUCCGCGCGGGCCGCCCGCGCCUGCAUGCGCCGCCGCCAGCGCCUCCCACGGUGGCGGAGGCCGCGGAAGAGCGGGACGACACGCCUCCGCUCAGGCUGAUCGGGCCGCCGCAGGAGGACGACCCUUUCCCGCCCGAGAUGGAGCCCGCGGACCCUGACUUCUACCGGAUAGGAUACGCGCGGAUGAUGCGCGCCUACGGGAUCGAGUUCCUCGAAGGCCCCGACGGGAUGGGCGUCUACGCUUCCCGGGACGUGGAGCCACUCCGCAGAGCUAGAGUGAUUAUGGAGAUUCCGUUGGAGCUGAUGCUGACUAUAACUCAAAGGAAACCUUGGAUGUUCUUCCCCGACAUUAUUCCACUAGGCCAUCCUAUAUUUGACAUUAUUGAGUCAACAGAUCCAGAGACAGAUUGGGAUCUAAGAUUAGCAUGUCUUCUUCUAUAUGCAUUUGAUAUAGAAGACAACUUUUGGCAGUUAUAUUCUGAUUUUUUGCCAAGUGCUGAUGAAUGCACUAGUUUGCUGCUGGCACCAAAGGAAGAUCUAAUGGAACUAGAAGAUGAAGAUCUUGCCUCACAAAUGUUACAACACCAGCGGCGAGCAAUUGACUUUUGGCAAAAGCAUUGGGAUAAACCAAUUCCUCUCAAACUGAAACGGCUUGCCCGUGACCAUGAGAGAUUUCUCUGGGCGCUGAGUAUCGUGCAAUCUCGUUCUGUAAACUUGAAGUUGAGAAUGGGAGCCUUCAUCCAAGAUGCGAAUGUGCUAGCUCCUUAUGCUGAUAUGUUGAACCACUCACCAAAUGCUAAUUGCUUCCUGCAUUGGCGUUUUAAAGAUCGUAUGCUUGAAAUUAUGAUUAAGGCUGGACACGCUAUCAAGAAAGGAGAUGAGAUGACAAUAGAUUACAUGAGUGGCGUGAACAGCAAAUUUAUGGAAAGAUAUGGCUUCUCAUCACCAACGAAUCCUUGGGAGCUCAUAAAUUUCUCGAGCCCUGCAACGAUUCACAUGGAUUCCUUCUUAUCGGUCUUCAAUAUUGCUGGCUUGCAUGAUGAGCUGUACCACAAUUCCACAUUGCCCUCAGUAGAAACCGACUUUGUGGAUGGAGCAGUUGUAGCAGCAGCCAGAGCAUUGCCAACAUGGUCAGACGGCGACGUUCCUGCAAUACCUAGCGUGGAGAGAAAAUCUGCUCAGGCGCUGCAAGAGGAGUGCCGCCAAAUGUUGGAUUCAUUCUCGACUACCAUUGAACAAGACCAGCAGAUCCUAGAUUCCGAUGUGCAUAUCAACAAAACCCGAGAAAUUGCAAUCAAGUAUCGGCUGCACCGAAAGAUGCUCCUACAGAAAAUCAUGGAUGCACUGGAUAUCUACCAGGAUAAAAUUUUGUUCUAGCUGUAUAGGCGGCACUACCUGUGCUCAGUUAGAACACAGAACUAGUAUCAGUUCUACUGCUAGUAAACUUAGGGCCAUUUGAUGUUUUAGGGCCCUGGAGGGCAGGCAGUCAUCAGACCCUCUAGUAGAAAGGGAUUUUGUAGGGCUGCCUUCAGUUAAUAGUGUUUGUAGGUUGACAGUAGAGGAUCCCAAAACGAAAGCAACAUUACGAAGAGCUGGUUGCCACGAAAUAUAGCUGUAAGUUCUAGUCAGCAAACUGCCAUGUACUCCUACUUCUUUACAUACUGCACAAGAUCUGAGGCUCAACUUCAACAACAGCUGACAUUGCUGAAGCUGUGGCCUGUGGGCUGUGUGAAUGCUCUGUGAACCUGACGCUGGUCCGGUCGGCAACGGCAACCCGUUCGAUCCAAUCAUGGGAAGCUGCACUUGGACAUGGCCUAGUGGUGAUCGUGCAGUGAGGCGGAGGCGGCAACGGUCCACCGGCAGGCGGCAGUCCAUGCCAUUACCAGUACACCAACGGGAACGGCCGGCUGUCCGUCUGGCUGGCGUCCCUUGCGAGCUGCCACGCGCACACACGCUGAAUUGUCGGCCCGUGAGCAACGGUAGGCAACGGCAGGAUGGACAUCAUCUCUACUAGGCUACUAGCUGAGUAGCUGUGCUGUGCACAAACCUGAGCCGAGCAAGGUUACUUCACUUGCACACCAUGCAAGAGCCUAGGAGUACUCCCUCCACUACUGCCCA